UAGGUGUCCAGGAGAGUCAGAGUCAGGUUUAGUUAAUUGUACGCGGAUUAUGUUGUAGUAAAAAUCACAUUUCCUUAUAUGUUCAAUAACCUCGGUUUAGUUAUGGAGGUAAACUUAAAUAACACGUGUAAUAAAUAAACGCAAUCUAGACGAGACCCUUCUAUAUUUUGCUUGUUAUUAGCGCGCCAUGGCAUUGACUGGCGUCGUGUCCUCUUUUUUCACGGUGGUGUUUACGUGCCCGAUUAUUAGCAGCAGAUGUAUUUACUGACUCCUCUUCUGCACUGACUCUGCCGCCGCCAGCUGCCCCCCGAAACGUGCUGUUUUUCGGCAGUAGGCUAGUCGGGUUUGCAGGUCGCUGUGUUCAGGCAGUGAAGCCGGCAUGCCGCGGUCUUGGUUUGAAAGCGUCGCGGCUCAGCAGGGGUUGCAAUGCUGAGAGGAGACUAACACACAGGUAGCUAAAGCAUGGAUGCUGUCCUGAGCAGACUGAAGGGGUUAACUCCAGAAGAGCUCCGUGAGGAGAUCCUCGGCAUGGGGAUGAAUUGCGGGCCUGUCACUGCUACCACUCGAUCCAUUUUUGAAAGGAAGCUGGCCCGAGCCAUACAGGAAAGCCAGGGAGGGGAAAGUGAGAGGAGCGAUACUUCAGAGUCAGUCCCUGGAAACUGCCAAUCCACCCCGAGCGUCAUCAUCACCGGCGCCACUCCCACAGACCCUGCCUGCUCCAGCGCACAGCCGCCAGCGCCUACUGACGAGGGGGACUUCGGCUAUGGUGUAGGGCUGAAUCCCCCUGAGGAAGAGGCCUUGCUGGACCAGGCAGGGUGUUCUGGCAGUCUUGGGGGAGAGAGUUCACAGGCAUCUGCUCCGACCCCUUCGACAGGACCGCCGCUAUCCCCACCGCUCUACUAUGGAGUCUGCCCAGUGUGGGAUGAUAUACUGGCAAGAAAUGACAGGGUCCAUGUUUAUGCUGAUAAGAAAGAAGCUCUGCAGGUAGUGAAGUUAAUGAAAGGCUCCCGAUUCAAAGCGUUCCCCAACAGGGAAGAUGCUGAAAAGUUUGCCAAAGGAAUCUGUGAUUACUACCCCUCUCCCAGCAAGUCCUCCUUCUGCGUGUCUCCAGUGAAAGUGGGCAUGGUGUUCAGCAAAGACGGCACGUCUUCCCUGGAGGCAGAAACCAUGAACCGAGAGAAAGCCAACAGCUUCAAAAGCCCUCGAACGCAAGACCUCACUGCCAAGCUCAGGAAAGCAGUGGAGAAAGGCGACGAGACCACCUUCAGUGAGCUUGUCUGGAGCAAUCCUCGCUAUCUCAUUGGCUCUGGAGAUAACCCAACAGUUGUACAGGAAGGGUGCCGUUAUAAUGUCAUGCACGUUGCUGCCAAGGAGAAUCAGCCAGGUAUCUGCCAGCUCCUAUUGGACACCCUGGAGAAUCCAGACUUCAUGCGUCUCAUGUACCCUGACGAUAGUGAAGUCAUGCUGCAGAAACGCAUCUGUUACAUUGUGGACCUGUACCUCAAUACGCCAGACAAAGUGUUAUUUGAAACCCCUCUUCAUUUUGCUUGUAAGUUUGGCAAUCCGGAGGUGGUGAAUGUUCUGUGCUCACACCCAGGUAUUGAGAAGCAUGGCAUGAACAAGUAUGAUCAGGAUCCAGCUGAUGUGAUUUGUGAAAGAAGCAAAAAUAAAUCACGAGAACUUAUACAGAAGAUCAGAGAUUAUUUGGAAGAUCGCUGGUACAUACCGUUACUGAGAGCUACAGACAACUCUUCCCCAGCUGUGAUUGGUGCUCCCUGGUCACCUGACCCAUCAGACACCGGUUCCAAUUCAUUCCUCUCCAGACUCGCAUGCAGUCCUAAAGAUCCUGUCAUGACUGUGAGAGCUUUUGCUGGGCCACUUAGCCCCUCAAAGGCAGACGAGUUCCGCAGAGUGUGGAAGACUCCUCCUCGCGACAGAGCUGGGCACUAUCACCACGUCAGGAAGUCUGAUGCGGAGCGAGGCACCGAGCGAGUCGGCAGGGAUUUGGCUCAUGAAAUGGGACAUCCAUGGGCUGAAUACUGGGAGUUUAUUGGCUGUUUCAUUGAUCUGGCUUCUGCUGAAGGGCUUCGAAAACUAGAGGAGCAUCUGAGCAAGAAAGAUUUAAGUGAAAAGGUCCAGCGGGAAGCAGGGGAAAACGAGACCAGCAAUAGGUUCAAAAGCCCAUCUCCUUCUGGUAAAUCUAAAAAAAUCUGCAAUUCCAUCUCGGUGGGUGCUUUUUUAGAAGACGACGAUGACGAAAUGAGUUUAGAGGAAAUCAAAAACCGACAGAAUGCUGCCUUAACAAACAUCACGGCAGUCUGCGGGAAAGACGGCAGCAUUGGGGCGGCUGGAGGUCUGGAGUGCCAUAUCCUUCCAAUCACACACAGCGCUGAUCUUAUUGAAACCGCAGCCGAGCAGAGCAGGCAUCGACCCGAGAAAGCCACAGUCCCCUUGAACAAGAACGGCUUUUACUCCCCUGUAAGCAACGAGAAAACGCCCAACGCAGAUCGCCCAUCCCAGAGCUCUGCAGACAGCCUCCUCUCGCCGGUCUCAAACUUAAUGAUAGAGUUUGAGAAGCUGUCACUUGAGAGCAAGGACAGCGAGCAGGGACAGUCGGGAAAGAAGAGCAGAGGGAGACAUGAAGACGGCGAGGACCCGUGCACGUCGUUGACCACAGAGAUAGGCCACUUAGGUUUUCUUGAGAAUGAAGGCAGCGUCUUUGAGAAGGCGAGGGACUCCUGUGAGAGCGAGAUGGAGGUGGAGGCGGAGGACAAAUCUAGCACAAGCUCAGAAGAGUGGUUCUCGACAGAGGAAACUCUAGAAGGGAUAAACAUAAGGAUAGCAAGAACAGCUGCCUCUGAACUGGGGGGCUGUGCAAGACCUCACUCUUGGGACCAAGGGGGGAAAGACUUAAGCAGUUCGAGUUCAAGCAGUUCCUCUUAUAAAUCUCUUGAUAACUUUCAGGAUGAGUUUAUAUUGAGGACUCCGCCGAAUUUAAAAAACAAAGGCCUUUUCAUUGCUGGGGAUGAACCAACGAAGUUGGAUAGUGAUGUUCUGGUAGCGGUCGGAGGCGUUGAGAUCGACCCACAGAAAUACCCAACGAUUCACAAGUGGAAGCACACGGUUCUCUCCUACUCUUCCUCUGAUAUGCAAAGCUGGCCGAGCCCAGCGGUACUGAAAGGGAGGCCUGCACCUCAGAUGUUCUCUUCAGGCUCUCCGGGCGGCAGCAGCAUGUUCUCCUCUCCUAACAGGUACAGCCCUGGGAAACACAGCAGCUCCUCCCUGGGGUUCGGAGCAGACUUCGGGAGUCCAGGACGCUACAGUCCAGCACACGCCAGCCACGUCCAGCUGCUGAGACUGAAGCACUUCAGCGAGCCAAGCAACUAGAGGGUGUGAGGGAGAGGGGAGGGGGGACACACUGGGGCGAUGAUUACUGAAUGAUAUCUGUCAGACUGUGUAGUUUACACAUUAUGCACAACAGUGACGUUUCUCUUGCAUAUCUAUAUAAUAUAUAUAUAUAUAUAUAUAUAUAUAUAUAUAUAUAUAUAUAUAUAUAUAUAUGUAGAGAUAGAUAUAUAUAGAUAGAUAGAGAUAUAACGUGUGUGCUUUAACAGUGGAAAGGUGUGUUACUACCCUCCAUCCAAGCUCUAAGCUGUAAGUAUAAAAAUGACAAUGGGAGCCAUUUAUUUUGUAUGAAUGUGAAAGAAAGGCCCAUUGCAUACUAGCACACUUGUAAUCUGUUCCAGUACUCUGCCCUGAUUUAAAAUCACAAUGUAUUGUCACUCACUGUGGCUGCCAUGGCCACGAGAUAAACUAGUCGUCAGUAAAAGCCAAAACAGCACCAGUGUAAAAUGUGUAUGAAAAGGAAGAGGUUUACUGUUCUUGUGUUUUUUGUUUUUUAUGUGUAGCUGUAAAGACUCCUUUCUAUUUUAGUAGCACAAAACAACUUGAUGUCUGUGUAUCUGCUAAUUUGCCUUCUCCUGCCGUCCUGCACAUGUGUCUUGGUUUGUGCGGUUGCCUUACUUCCUUUUCUUGUGUGCAGAGGCCACUAAUAAGCAGGGUAAUGUGUGUACAGUACUCUGUGAUUGUGUUAGCCACAAGAUUGUUGUGUUUUUUUUUUUUUUUUUUUUUUUUUUAAUCUAAUGGUUACCCCAAGUAGUUUCUAAAUUUAGUUUUAAAAGUAAGCCCUGGCACUUAAAACACUGUCAUUAUAAUUUGUCAAUGAUUAUGUUUUUUUUGUUUUUUUUUAAUAAUAAAUAAAACAAAAUAAGUGCACUUUACAAAAACUAGAAGUGUAAUUCAGUACGAUUGCUUCAGUGACGCAGCGUCUGUGCUCCUGCCUUGCUUUCAUUGCUCUCUAUUGCAUAGUCAUUACAUUUCUUUCAGUUUGUGUUUUCAUGAUCCCUGCCCUCUUGGGUCAGGGUGCUCAUUCUUUGUACAAAGUGGCCUUUUUUGGGGGCAGAUUUGGAGAAGGAACCCUCUUCCUGUCAGUUUUAUCCAGUUGAAUGCUUGUUUUCCAUGGGCCUGUAAUGUACCCAGUCUAGAUACCCAUUGAAAUGUUUGUCUCCAAGGCCAUGCUAUGAUAAAGAAGCUCCAGUUCUAUCUGAAAAGAUGAUGGUAUUGGAUUGCAUGGAGACUGCAGAAAAUGUAGAAAAUCAAUGCUGUUAAAAAAAACAUAAAAUCAUUCUGAAUCCAAGUUGUGCGGGGGAAAAAUUAAUUCUUUAUUAGGUGGUGUGCUUGUUUUUUUAAAUUGUGUGUGUGUGUGUAUAUUAUAUAACACCAGUUAGAGCAAAGUGAUACUCAGCUAUGUUGGCUUUAUUUUCUUUUUAUAGCAUGUACUUCUCUUUAACAGAUGCUGUGUGUCUUUUUUUUUUUUCAUGGGAGCUAAAAAGUAGAUUAAAAAACCUUGACGGACUCUAAGAUUAAGAGGUUUAAGCAGUUUGAUGCCUGUGUUCAUUUCCUGUGGCUGUGGCAGUUUAAGGCUAACGCUUGGGAGAGGCUGAGCAUGCAGUGUGAGUUGACGAUGCAUCCCCUUGGCAGUGUGAGUUCAUAUUUUGUUUGUUCACUUUUUAGGUUUAAACAAGUAGCCAUAUGAGGGGGGAGUGUUGUAGUUCAAGGAUACACCGAUAAUGGUUCUGGAGCAUGGCACAGGUUUUGAUGCAUUUACAUUGCAUGUGUGCAAACUACCUGGCAGUGCUUGCAUUUCUCCAAGCCUAUAUUGUUACAGUGUGUUUCCUCCUUAACCAAGCAUUAUUUCUAUAUUAUUUUUUGAAUCCUCAGCGCAUCCAAUUUCCAUUCUGGCAGCACUGUUUGGCAAGCAAAGUGUUUUUUUUUUCUUCGUCUUCAGUACCAGCUGUUUGAAUUGACCUUCUCCUACGGUUGCUGAAGUGGAUCUUGUCUUUAUCUUUAGAAAUGAAGACUGGGGUUUUGGUUCUGAUCUUUAAGCUUGGGAUAGACAGAGUUUAUUUCCCCUGCAUCCUCUUGUGUACAGACAUAGUUCAUGCCCAAUUACUUCUAAAGAACACACACACCAAUCCAUUCUGUGAAUUUCACACAAAACCAUUUCAUUGUUGUUGAAGCUGACACCCUGGGAUCCUUCAAG